AUGCCUAAAAGCAGUUCUGGGAUGCACAACGAACAGUUCAAUGCUGGAGAACAAGAUAAUCUGGUUGGAAUGCCCAAUGAACAUUACAUGAAUAGUAAUCAGAAUAUGGUGAAACAUGCCCAAACAGCUUCAACUAUAGGUGGUGUUGUUGAUGAUGAUAAACCAUUUACCCAUGGUUCUCAAAUGGCUGAUACAUAUUACCAAAAUAAAUUAUUUAAGCAAGAGAGAAUCGACUUAUAUGCGACAAGUAUAAAAAGGCAACCAAGUAGUGUUGUUGAAGAUUUUAGGACAGAACAUCAUUUUGAUGAUGAUACUCAUACUGAAAACAACGACUUUGUACAUGCAUAG